AUGGCAACAGGUAAUGCGGAGACUGUGUUCUCCGAGACCAACCAGGAAAUCGCAUCACCUCACCCAAGCUUAGAAGUAAGCGGUCACCAAGAAGUUCGGGAGGACUUGCGAGGAAUGUCCGUGUACUCGAACGUUUCAAGCAAUGCUAGCACUAGCAAUACUCCAUCAAUUUAUACUUCAUAUGCUCAAGAACAAUCAGUCCUCGGCCAGCCCGUUGUCAGUCGCGAAUCGUUUCUUGGCCAACCGGUUCAGCCCGUUCAAAGGGAACCAUCGCCGCUAAGCCAGCAGCAGUUUCCACCUCCAAACCAAUCACAGCAAGAGCAAUUUCAGAGAGUACCAACGCCUCUAGGUCAACAGUUCCAAAGAGAACCAUCACCUUUAGGUCAGCAAUUUCAAAGAGAACCAUCUCCUCUAAGUCAACAGUCGCAACCAUCGCCUCCAAGUCAACAGUUUCAAUCGCCUCCAAUUCAACAGUUUGAAAACCAACAGCCUCAAGUUCAUCAAUUCCGAACCCAAAGCCAUCUAUAUCAAGCUCAAGAUCUAUCAGAACUUCCCUCUAAUCCGUCUACACAAAAUCAAUACUAUCCUCCACCAGCUGAGCCUCCGCCGGAUGUAUUACCGUUGGUCCCUCCAUACAGUCCGUCUUCCCAACUUUCAACCGCCAGCAAUAGCCCUCACUUAUCAAACAAGCCCAUUGCAGUUGUCAACAAUCCAUAUCCUACCAGCAUGCUACCUGGGCAAAACGUACUCAUUGACAACAACAUAAAUGGAACACAACAGACAACCGAAACUAAAUCAGAGGCAUCGAGUUCUCCUCCUAAGAUGAAAAAACGGCCGCUUUACCGUAAACGUAAAUUCUGGGUUUGUCUAAUAAUACUAGUAGUGGUACUCAUUGGUGCUGGGAUUGGGCUGUAUCUUGGUCUCCAUAAAAAACCAAAGAAGACGAAACAGUGUGUUGUGGUAAUUCCUGAUUGUUCACCGCUCAAUGCCUGCCAAUUUACCGGAUCGGAUGGAUGUCCACAGUUUAAAUGCCAAAGGACCUGCUCGUAG